AAAUAAAUCAAGAUCAAAACUUUUCCUCCCCCGUGAGAUACUAAAGCAAUUUUUGUUUUCUAAGUGAUGACACAUGCAACAGACACACAUUUCCCCCGCCCCCCCCCUUAAAAUCUUUCACAUGUUUUACCAGAUCUUUUCAAGAUCUGUUCAUUAUCAAUUGCGAAUCCGACAAAACCAUUAAAACUGCCGUGCCGCUUCCAGGUGUUCACAUUUAUGACAGAUAGAUAACGUCUUCCACCAGAUGCUCAGAAGCGAUGCGAUCAUGCUGGCGGCUACAGUGCGGACAACUGCCAGACGAAGAACUAAAUAAAUCCGACUCCAAACACUCCCUUGAGUCUCAUCACCCGGCAAACUACGGAUCACAGGUCUCCGAGCGGAGAAUGGCUGCGGCGAAGUUUUACAAGUUUCCACCGAGCCAGUGGGGGCUCCCGAGCAGGCGCGUUCCCCAGGCGUCGGGGCUCCGGCAAUCGCGCGGCUGGGAACAGGGAGACCGGGGGAGCCUCCCGGGGGUCGGCCCGGCAGCUCCCAGCUGCUCCUUGCUGUCUUUUCCUGGAACAACUCCCUGGACUGCUGUUCGUUUGUUACCCAGCUCGCGCGAUCAUUGUGGUUUUAAGUCGUCCGGAGGAGCCCGGGGCUUUGGGGAAGGGGGCUCUGGUGUCCCGGACUCAGUCCCGCGGUGCAUCCAGAGCGUGAGGGACCCGAACUGGGAAAGUGGACCGGUGCUACCGACAGUGGCCACGAUCAAACGUCCAGCGCGGUCUGUACCGCAUGUGAUAAAGCUCCUUAAAGGUCCAUGGUUGGGGGAGAUUUUCUUCCAUCAUCCCGUCUGUUGUGUUUGCGCAAAGCUUUGGGGCUAGGACGUCCUACCAGCUGAGCGGACUGCUGAUUUCCAGGGGAUGCCCCUGCCUGGCGGCUACUGGCACAUGACACUGGCGGGCAAUCCAGACUCCUCAACUUAGGUUAUUAACUUUUACCCUCCUUAUAAAAAUUGAAUGUGGAAAAAGAUAUUAAGCAAGUUACCUUCCUUUCUUUUCUUGCCCAUCCUCUCAGGUAAAGAAACUAGUGAGCAGAAAAAUGAUCAAAAGCCCAGUGAGAGUGAGGCACUAUCAGUGUGGGGGCCUUCAAUAGGCCGUGGACCAAAUAGUCCACCCAUGAAUUGCAAAGAACAGAUGAAUUUCAACCUAUCGAGCACAGGGCAUUUCUUAACUCUAAACUGGAGCAGCCUUUGGUGGAGAGGGGCUAGUGAUGUAUCAUUUUGGUGAACCUGUUAGUUGAGACUUGAUUCUUGUUUUGCUUUGAAGAGUAAAACCCUAAUCUAGCGUUUUAUAACUAACGUCACAAGGAAGCUGCAAUGUAGUCAUAUGAAUCACAAUCAUACCGACAAGUGUUGCUAGUUGAAACAUUAAACAAUUUUAAGAUUCAAAAGUUUGCUUUUUCUCUGAAAAUAAUUUAUCCCGGAUUCAGAACCCUACUGAUCUUUAUGGUUAAUUUGUUUGGGUAACACAUGAUUUCAUUUGCUCAGGAACCACAAAUGU